AUGAAAUUAUUAUUUUCAUUAAUUGCAUUAAUUUUUUUAUUUGUAAACAUUGUUUAUAGUGAAAGUUUACUUUCACUAAAGACUUUCCAAUAUGAUGUUGUUGGGUGCAACAAACCACAUAGCAGUAGUGACUCACAAGGUAGUUUGACAGGUAGUGGUAGUUUUAGUUUAUUAGAAGAAAAUAAAAGAUUAGGAAGUGUUGAUGGUGGUGGUGUUUUACCAGGUUCUGAAAGUUCAUUUGAAAGUUUAUGUGAUAAUGGUGAAUUGGUAACAGAAACUUAUAUUCGUUUAGAUACAUGUAUUGUUUCAACUGGAGAAACCUAUUCAAUUGACUUUGAUAAUGGAACAAUUAAAAAAACUUCUGCUGCUCAAUGUGGAGAAGAAGGAAUAAUUCAAUGGUUUAAACCAUAUGAAUGUGUUAAUGAUUGUUUAUCAAGUCCAUAUAUGUAUACAGUUAUUGAAAUGGAUGAUAUUGAAAUUCCAAAAGAUACCUAUGUUGAAAUUCAAUACCAUGGUGAUUGCAAUAACAAUGGCUGGAAACAAAAUUUUGAUUAUAUAAAAUUCACACCAUUAAAUCAAUGUUUUGCUAAUGGUUUAUCAAGUUCAUAUUCAUUAAAUUGUAAUACAACAAUGCUUGAAAUUACUCAAUCUGAUAAAUUCAAUUGCUUAGUUUAUAAAGAUUUGAUUUACACCGAUAUUUGGGGUGACUGUACUGGGUCUGCAGAAAAAUAUAUAAAUGUUUGUAAUAAAUAA